GCAACAUUGCUUUCGAUUUGUUUGGGUUCGACUGUUGAUUAUUUUCGCUGAAAUGAGACGACAGGGGAUGGAUUACACUGGCCCCACCUGUCUGAUUAUAAGUCUGUUUUGCACCUGUUGUGCUUCACCGCCUAAUUUCGUACUCCUUUUCGCGGACGAUUUGGGUUUUGGGGACUUGGGCUGUUAUGGACAUCCCAGUUCCCUCACUCCUAACCUGGACCGCCUGGCAGCAAGGGGACUCCGCUUUACAGAUUUUUACAGCACCAGCCCCGUCUGCAGCCCGUCCAGGGCAUCGUUACUAACAGGUCGCUAUCAGACCCGUUCCGGUGUCUACCCUGGUGUGUUGUACCCAGGCUCCAUAGGAGGUCUUCCUCUGAAUGAAACCACCAUAGCUGAGGUGUUGAAACCUCUGGGAUAUGCCACGGCUGCUAUGGGGAAGUGGCACUUAGGACUGGGGGCCAAUGGGACGUUUCUUCCAACCAAGCAAGGGUUUGACAAAUACUUGGGGAUUCCAUACUCACAUGACAUGGGUCCCUGCCACAACCUGACUUGUUUCCCCCCAGAUGUGAAGUGUUUUGGAUUUUGUGAUGUUGGCACCGUAACUGUCCCUCUAAUGUACAAUGAAGACAUCAAGCAGCAACCAGUCCACUUCCUUGAUUUAGAAAAGUCUUACAGUGACUUUGCAACCAAUUUUAUUAUGACAUCAGUCAAGGAAAAUCAGCCUUUCUUCCUCUACUACCCAUCACAUCACACCCACUACCCUCAAUAUGCAGGUACAAGGACAGCUGGUCGGUCUUUAAGAGGUCCAUUUGGAGAUGCUCUCUUGGAGUUGGACAAUACAAUAGGAGACCUGAUGGCAACUCUGGAACAGACAGGAGUGAUCAACAACACACUCAUCUUCUUCACAUCUGACAACGGGCCUGAACUGAUGCGCAUGUCCCGAGGAGGAAAUGCUGGCUCGCUGAAGUGUGGCAAAGGUACCACAUAUGAGGGAGGCAUGAGAGAGCCAGCCAUUGCGUACUGGAAAGGGACCAUCAAGCCAGGUGUAACUCAUGAGCUAGCUAGCACUCUUGAUAUUCUCCCCACCAUUGCAAGCCUGGCAGGAGCCAAGCUCCCCCCUGUGAUGCUGGAUGGGUUUGAUAUGACCAAUAUCCUUGUCCACCAAGGAAAGAGUAAAAGGGAGACAAUGAUGUUCUACCCCACAGAUCCCAAUGAAAUAUAUGGCCUGUUUGCUCUCAGGCUGGGGAAGUACAAGGCCCACUUCUAUACAAGAGGUUGUGCCCUCAGUGGUACCACCCCAGAUCCAGACUGCCCAGCGUUCGCAGUCCUCAAAGCCCACGACCCUCCUCUUAUUUUCGAUCUGGAGGCUGACCCCUCGGAGCACUACCCCCUCCCACUGGCAGACAGACCUGACAUCCAAGCCGUGCUCGAGCAGAUUAAGAAAGCAAAGACAGAAUUUGAAGCCUCCAUGGUGUUUGGGGAGAGCCAGGUAUCAAAAGGUACCGACCCAAAACUCGAGCCUUGUUGCAAUCCUCAGUGUAGCCCCAAACCCAGCUGCUGCUACUGUUAACGAGACAAACUGUCGCUGCUGUUUGCGGCAACAACGUGGGGCUCAUUGCAAUGACUUACUACUUACUACUUGUUUAUGGGCAUUUCCUCUUCUUCUCUUCAUCCUGAAAAAGAACAUUACAAUCAUUUUUCUCCAUGAGGAGACUUUCUUAAUGUGACCAAUGAUUACUUUUAAAGCUAAUUUAACGUGACUGAAUGUUUUCUGACUCCUACUACUUGAACACAUAUUAAUUAAAUGUGAAAAUGUUUUGCAACCUGUUUCAGUCACACAAAC